UAAGUUAUCAUUCAGUCUUCAGUCUUCAUAUCGACAACAAUCAAAUCAAAUAAAUUCUUCAAAAUGAAAAGCUUCAUCUUCGUAUUUGCCCUCAUCGCUGCUGCUUCAUGUGAUGUCUCACAUGUCGUCCAAGGAGAUGGUUGGUUCAAGGAUGCUUCAGGAUAUCACUACACUGAACCAGCAGUUAAAUUCGAUGCCCCAGUACCAGAAGAGCCUUAUAUUGCCCCAGAAGAACCAGUCGUUGUCGUAGAGGAAUCAGUUGAGCCAAUUGCUCCAGCUGACGAACCAAUUCUUGUUGAACUUGAUGUUGCUGCCCCAGAGGAACCAAUUGUUGAAGAUGAUAUUGUUGAAGUUGUUGAUGAGUAUAUCCCACCAAGUGACUACUUGCCACCAAACAACAAUGAAUAUCUUCCACCAAAAUCAGAGGAAGCAAAGAAGAAGCGUCAAGUUCCAGUUCGCAAGGUUUAUCGUCGCUUUAUCCGAAGACAAUAAAUGUUCACAAUAGGAUAAAGUUUUAGAAUAAUGACAAAUUAAUGCUGUUAAUAGGAAAAAAGUUAUCCACUAGCAUAUAAACGAAUUUAAAAGAGGAACUGAGCUUUUUGUCAUUAAAAAUGGCAGUUCCGCUUUAUAUAAACAUGUGAUGUCUCUU